AUGGCUUCAUCUAACAGACACUGGCCUAGCAUGUUCAAGUCCAAGCCCUGCAACUCCCACCACCAAUGGCAGCAUGACAUCAACUCCUCUCUAAUCUCAAGUGGGUGCAACAGAAACCCUUAUACUUCAGUUACUGGGUGUGAAGAACGCACGCCGGAGCCAAAGCCGAGGUGGAAUCCGAAGCCGGAGCAAAUUCGCAUACUUGAAGCAAUUUUCAACUCCGGCAUGGUGAACCCUCCAAGAGACGAGAUAAGGAAGAUCAGAGCUCAAUUGCAGGAGUACGGUCAAGUCGGUGACGCCAACGUCUUCUACUGGUUCCAGAACCGGAAAUCAAGAAGCAAGCACAAGCUCCGCCAUCUCCAAAACUCAAAAAGCCAAAACAACCCUCCAGCUGUCACUACCGCGCCUUCAUCGUCGUCAUCCUCUUCCGAGAGAUCAUCGCCCAAAGCACACUACAAGAACACCGCCUCGAUGGGCUUUCCAAAUGUUUCGAAUUCUCAAAAUGUGUCGGCCAACCAUGCCUAUUUCCAGUCCCACAGUGAGAUUUUUCCCGAUCCUUUCUUCUUCCCGGUGCAACAGGCCGGAGGGUUUUCCUUUUCUGAGCUGUCAAAUGUGGUUCAAGCACCCGAGAACACGGUUGGACCUUGCACCAGUCUCUUGCUCAGUGAGAUAAUGAACCAUGGAGCUUCAAAGAAAGAUCAAGAAGGGAAAGCCAUGAAAGUCCAUGAUCAUCAUCAGCUGGAUUCUACUGUGACCACUCACACUGUUAUCCCUCCCUCCACAACUACGGCCGCUACUGUUCCAUCCCCCAUCAGUCAAAUUCAAGGUGUAGGGGAACUGGGUGCACCGGCUAAAUCGACGGUCUUCAUUAACGAUGUGGCCUUCGAGGUGGCGGCAGGGUCUUUCAACGUGCGCGAGGCUUUCGGCGAUGAUGCGGUGCUAAUUCACUCCUCGGGUCAGCCCGUUCUCACCAACGAGUGGGGCGUCACCCUCCAGUCACUCCAGCACGGCGCAUUCUAUUAUCUGGUGCGCACCCCCUCAUAUUAUGUGAUCAUGCGCCUUAAUUGUUUCUAUUUAGAAGUGUGGAAGCUGAAGAGAUGGGGUUGCUAG